AUACGAUUCAAAGAUGCAAUUGGACGCAAGUUCAGUCUCCCCUGGAGCCUAUGCAAGACAUGGAAGGGUAUGGAGGAGCUUAUUAAGCACGCCUUUACAGGCGUUGAGCCUCUUGGGCCACAUGUACUGGAGGGACACUAUGAUCUCGUUGGCGAAGAUGGGGAAAUUAUUCUUCCUCAGGUUUGGGAAACUGUAGUGCGACCU